AUGUCUAGCCUUGAUUCUCCUACAUUCGCGAGGGUGACUACGUGCGGUGACGAUCCAAAGAUGAUUGGAUGCUGGAAGCUUGGAAGGACCAUUGGAAAGGGCAGUUCUGCACGAGUCAAACUUGCUCGCCAUUCAAAAACAGGGCAAAUGGCGGCGGUCAAGAUAAUCCGAAAAUCGUUCCUUUUCUCGUGCAAGGAGUCUCUUGAUAACGCAGAGGAAGAAGCGGCGCGUUUAGAACAGGCUCUCCAACGCGAGAUUGUCAUCAUGAAACUUGUGGAUCACCCUAACAUUAUGAAACUACAUGAUGUCUGGGACACCGCAAACCAUCUCUAUCUCAUACUCGAGCACGUUCAAGGAGGCGAACUAUUCAACUAUCUCUGCGAAAAAGGACGACUUUCUCCCUCAGAAGCUUUGGGAUACUUCCAACAAAUUAUAGCUGCGGUCGACUAUUGUCAUCGGUUCAACAUCGUUCAUAGGGACCUCAAGCUGGAAAAUAUUCUUCUUGACUCCCAGUCUAACGUCAAACUCGCCGACUUUGGCAUGGCUACUUGGCGACCAGAUCGCAUGUUUCAGACUUCUUGUGGUAGUCCGCAUUAUGCUGCUCCUGAAAUCGUCAACGGCGAGGUAUACGAUGGCGCCGCGUCAGAUAUCUGGUCCUGCGCCAUCAUCCUCCACGGUAUGCUCGCGGGAAGGCUGCCGUUCGAUGACGACGAUUGUCUGAAACUCUUGGAGAAAGUGCGCGUUGGGAAGUUUGAGAUGGCUGAUGACAUCGAUCCGCUUGCUCAGGAUCUCAUUGCGAAGAUGCUAGUAAAAGACGUCAAGAAAAGGCUGACGAUGUCUGGUGUGCAGAAUCACCCUUUCUUUACCUCGCGCUCUUUUGCUUUCGCCAAUGUUCCUGCAAGGAAUCUCGAUGAUAUUACAUGUCCUCUGCUCUCACGCGAUGAUAUCGACACCGAACUUCUUCGUCAUCUUCGUACUCUCUGGCCUAAUAGCUCUGAUGAUGACCUUGUUGACAAUCUGCUGAGCGACGAGAAAAACUGGCACAAAGGAAUCUAUUAUCUUCUUGGAGAGUAUAGAAGAAAGCACUGGGAAGGUUACGAAGAAGCAGAAACAUUUGCAAGAAGCGAGCGACUGCGGCGCCAGAGGAAGCGGGGAACCUCAUGUACACCUCAGAACCAACUCUCGCCAGAUCUUUAUCCUUACGUAACACCUUCUCCGUCCAUCCCACCUCGCGAUGGUCCCCCUACUCCUCGAAGAGCCCGGGGAGGUAAAGUAUCGGCAGCGUCAUCCGAAGGUUCUGUGACUUAUCGCAGAGGCCAGGUUUCUCCGAGAAUCGAUCUUCAUCUUCCUUCGUCUUCAGGAUCCUCCUCGAAUGUCAUCAGACCCUCGCCACUCAUCGUUCCCCAACAUCACGACAUCCAUAUACAGACUUUCUUUAAACAAGUUGCCGACCAUAUCAACGUACUAUAUUCUCGGACAGAGCGAUCCCAGUCUCCGACAACUAUAACAUCUGCUAAUCUUGCUUUGAUGCAUAAUAUCGUAGGGGAUCGAACAAUGCAGAUGGAACUCCCCAUAGCAUCUUUUUUGCCUUCUUCACCUCAGCAGAAUACCGUCUCUCUGUCGCCGAUAGCGACCACCAUUCAGCCGUUAUCUGUUACUCGAAGCCAGCAUCCUGCAGGCCCUACCGACAAGGAGAACAACGAUGAAGCAACCACUUCUUGUCAUACAAAACUCGUUGCCAAAUCAUCCGAGGAAAACCAGGUCGGGGCCAACCACAAGCGGGUGAAAAUCUUGGAUCUUCGUGACGACAAGGAACGAACGAAGCUGCGGAAAAGAAAAGUUGUCCUAACAUCGCCCGCCAUUUCCGCUAGUGAAUACUCACCUGUUCCCUCGUCGCCCGGUACAAAAUGGCUAGCAAAUGUUUUCAAGUUCAGACGCUCGGCCUUCACGCUUCAAUCGACACAUGGUUUACAAACAACGCAGAAUGAAUGUCGGCGGCUGUUGAUGGCGAUGGACGUUCGCGUCGUUCUUGUGGACUCUGAGCACCUGAGCGUGCUGAAGUGUAGGGUGGACGAAAUGAAGGAUCCUAGCGGGGUUAAGGGAAUGCUUAAGCCAGUCAAAUUUAGGGUUGAGGUCGAUGCAGAAGUUGGGGCGGCUUUGACACUGAUUAUGGUGCAGGAGAAAGGGUCGACGGAGAGCUUCAAGGAGAUCUAUAGGCGGUUGAGAAGAGACUGGGUGUUUGAUGUCGUCGGAAGUCGAACGCCAGACCAGGUUGCCUGGAAACCACUAGAGGAGAGAGUUGUGCCAACUAUCGUUAUAUGA